AUGAGUUUCAUCGUAGUCUACGUAGAUGACAUCAUAGUGGCGAGCGACUCGAAAGCUGAGCAGGAUGAGAUCAAGUACCUCAUAUCAAAAAGGUACGAUGUUGUAGAUGGCGGUUUCCUGAAACAUAUCCUAGGAAUGGAAAUUGAUCGAGAUGGCGAAGUUGGCCAUAAGCAGUAUAUAGAGGCCUUAUUGGAAGACUACGGGAUGCAGAACUGUAAGGCAUCCAUUCUACCCCUCGAAGCUGGUUACGAGGUUCGAUGCAGCAAGAAGGAGUGUUUGAGAGCAAAUCAGGUUGAAUACCAGUCCCUGAUAGGCUCCCUUAUGUAUUUGGCUAUAACGACAAGGCCAGAUAUACUCCACUCCGUGGCGAAGCUUGCUCAACGGAACUCGGAUCCACACCAAGAGCACAUGGUGUGUGCCAAGCGAAUUUUAAGGUACCUGCAGGGUACGAAGACGUUCCAGUUAAAUUAUCAGCAAACUAGACAGGCUGUCUAUUGUUAUGUUGACGCCGACUGGGAUGGAGACGACAGCGACAGGAAAUCCUUCACCAGCUGGACAUUUUUGGUGGCAGGAGCAGCGAUCAGCGGGGAGUCUAAGAAGCAACCCGUGGUAGCUCUCAGCACAACAGAAGCAGAGUACAUUGCACUUUCAUCAGCUGCAAAGGAGGCAGUGUAUAUUCGUAAACUUUGGAGUGAGAUGGGUCUUGGUGAAGUCCAACCGAUUAUAAUACACAGCGAUAAUUAA